AUGAUAACAACAAUCAACAACAAUCAACAACAACAACAACAACAACAACAACAACAACAACAACAACAAACAACAACAACCAUGACAACUUUUAAAGCAUGGUUUCAAUAUGAAGAUGAAGAGGUUGAACUUUCAGAUUUAGAAUAUGAAACAACUAUAUCAGCCAUUAGAAAGAUCAUACAUGAAGGAAAGAUAUUUCACUUUCCUUAUGGUACUUCACAAACAGAUAUACAAAUAGGUGUAUUUGCACCAACAGGCACAACUGAUAAGUUUGAAAAAUAUAAAGCAAGAAGUACUCUUGGAGAUAUUCAAUAUAAAGUUGGUGAUACAUUACAAGUUAGAGUAAAAAAGAAUAUUAAUAGUCAUCAUCAUCAUCAUCAUCAUCAUCAUCAUCAUCAUCAUCAUCAUCAUAUUUUAGAUAAAGUUACAUCAGACAAUGCAUCGAUACCAACUUUGAAUGUAUCAAUUUUAGACAACUCUGAAAGAGUUGUAAAAUGGGAUUAUAAUCCAUUCACCACUACUGGACAAUGGACAUGUACUGCUAUUCUUGUUAAAAUGGAGUCUGUACCAUUUGCCGAGGGAUCUUUUCGAAAGGCAUAUUAUUUACAUGAUCUAAGUAAAGAAGAAAGUUCAAGACAUGUAGCAAAAAUAGGUAAAAAGCCAACACCAAGAGCAAAUUAUUUUGAAGAUGUAAAGAUGCAAGCAAUAGCGAGAAGAUGGUCUCAGAGAUACAAUGAUCGAAAGCCACCAAAAAAGAUUGACUUUUUACCAUCAUGUGUGUUGGAGUUUGUUGAUCGUGGAUCACAUGACAAUAUCUGUGGUGUUGAACCGUACGUCGAAGGACAAUACAGAAAAUAUAACAAUAACAGUGGUUUUGUGAGUAAUGACGAUCGUAACACUCCACAAGCAUUUAGUCACUUUUCAUACGAACACUCCAACAAUCAACUAUUGAUCAUUGAUAUUCAAGGUGUUGGUGAUCAUUACACAGACCCACAAAUUCAUACCUAUGACGGUGUUGGUUAUGGUAUUGGAAAUCUUGGAAAGAAAGGUUUUGAAAAAUUCAUAGACACUCACAAAUGUAAUGCCAUUUGUCAAUAUCUCAAUCUCUCAAUGAUCAAUCCAAAGAGCGAAAAAAGUGAUUGUGGAACUGUCCCACGACCAGAUUUAUUCUUACCAGAUACUUCUGAACGUGAUCAAGUUAAUAAUCAAAAUAAUAAUAAUAAUAAUAAUAACAAUAAUACUACGACUACAUCAAUUAGUGUAAGUGUUCAACCACAUCAAGAUAUAUCUCCACCAUCAACUACAACAUCAACAUCGAUAAAAGUACAACCAUCAUCACAACCUCCACCACAACAACAACAACCCCAAAAUGAUUCAAGAGAAAAAGAAAAAGCAAUUGAAAGAAAAAAUAGAGAAGAUAGAAAAAAGGACCAAUUAAAUUGGGAUAUAAAUGGUGUUAAAAUUGUAGACACUGUCAAAGGGUACCACAAUACCAUAUCAUUGUGUAUAUGUGAAAAUUAUUUAUUUACUGGUUACUCUGAUAAUACGAUUAGGGUAUUUGAAUUUAAAAAUGAUAAUAAUAACUUGGAAUUAUUCCAAACAUUAAAAGGACACGAAGGGCCAGUAGAGGCAAUGUGUUUUAAUGAUCAAUAUAUAUUUUCCGGAUCAGGAGAUCAUUCAAUUAAAGUUUGGGACAAAAAGAAACUUAGAUGUAUUUUUACUUUGGAAGGACAUGACAAGCCAAUUCAUUGUCUUGCCAUCAACGACAAAUUUUUAUUUAGUGGGUCUAGCGACAAGACCAUCAAGGUUUGGGACCUAAAGACUCUAGAAUGUAAAGUUACGCUGGAGGGUCAUCAGAGAGCAGUGAAAUCAAUCACACUCUCUGGCCAUUAUCUCUUUAGUGGUAGUUCGGACAAGACCAUCAAGAUUUGGGAUUUCAAGGAACCAAAGACAAUCAGAUGCAACUAUACUCUAAAGGGUCACAGCAAAUGGGUUACGGCUGUUUGCAUAGUUGGUUCAACACUCUACAGUGGAUCAUAUGACAAGACUAUAAGACUUUGGUCACUCAAAUCACUAGAAUGUAUCGCCACACUUCGAGGUCACGAGGGCUGGGUCGAAAAUAUGACGGCAACAGAUAAAUAUCUUUUUAGUGCCUCUGAUGAUAAUUCAAUCAAAGUUUGGGAUUUGGAAACUCAAAGAUGUAUAUCUACACUCGAAGGACACAAUGCAUCGGUUCAAUCCCUUGCUUUGUUGGAUAAUUGUCGUCGUUUGGUUUCAACUAGUCACGAUCAAACUAUAAAACUUUGGUCUUGGGAUUUAAAAGAAAAUUAA